AUGGAGGGAACCAGGCAAACCAGGAUUUGCCGUCCGCACAAGAUAAGUGAAUCCUCAAAGGUGUAUAGGUGGGAUGACCACUCCAGUCUAGUUCUUCAGAGCCUGAAUGAGCAGAGGCAUCGAGGCCUCUUCUGUGACAUUGUCCUCGUGGUGGAUGAACAGAGAGUCCCUGCCCAUCGGAACCUCCUCGCUGUUUGCAGUGACUACUUCAACUCUAUGUUUACCAUUGGUAUGCGAGAAGCCCACCAAAAAGAGGUUGAACUUUUUGGAGCCUCUUAUAUUGGUCUCAAGGCCGUGGUGGAUUUCCUUUAUGGCAGCGAGCUGUCUUUAGAUGGAGGCAAUAUUGACUAUGUGCUCGAAACAGCUCACCUGCUGCAGAUCUGGAAGGUGGUCGACUUCUGUUGCGAGUAUCUGGAGAAUGAAGUCAGCGAGGAGAACUAUUUGUACCUGCAAGAGCUAGCCUCUAUCUACAACCUGAAGCGCCUUGACUCCUACAUUGAUUCUUUCAUCUUGCAGAACUUCGGCACGCUGUCUUUCACCCCGGACUUCCUGCAGAACAUUUCCUUGCAGAAGUUGUGCCAAUACCUGGACAGCAGCAACGUGCAGCAGGAGUGUGAGCACGACUUGCUGCAGGCUGCCUUGCAGUGGCUUACCCAGUACCCGGAAAGGGAGAACGAGGCUUACCAGGUUCUGGAUAACAUUCAUUUUCCCUUGAUACCUAAAAGUGAUCUCCUCCAUCGAGUCAAACCUGCUGUCUGCUCUCUUCUUCCCAAAGAAGCAAACUGUGAGGGGUUUAUAGAGGAGGCGGUGAACUAUCACAAUAACGUCACGGCUCAGCCAGUGCUGCAGAACAAGCGGACGGCCCUGCGGACCUGCGAGGAAAGGCUCCUCUUUGUGGGUGGGGAGGUUUCCGAACGGUGCCUGGAACUGAGUGAUGAUACCUGCUUCUUGGAUGUCAGAAAGGGGCAGUGGGUAGCAGAAACCCCUCUCCCAGCCAGACGAAGUCACCACUGUGUUGCCGUCUUGGGAGGCUUCAUCUUCAUAGCCGGAGGCAGCUUUUCAAGAGACAAUGGAGGGGAUGCAGCUUCAAAUCUCCUAUAUAGGUAUGAUCCCCGCUGUAACCAGUGGAUAAAGGUUGCCUCCAUGAGACAACGCCGUGUAGAUUUCUACCUGGGAGCUAUUACCGACAUGCUGGUAGCUGUUGGUGGCAGGAAUGAAAACGGGGCACUUUCUUCAGUUGAGACCUACAGUCCUCAGAAGGAUUCAUGGUCCUAUAUAGCAGGCUUGCCCAGGUUUACCUACGGCCAUGCUGGAACAGUCUACAAGGAAUUUGUGUACAUUUCAGGAGGCCACGAUUACCAAAUUGGGCCCUAUAGGAAAAACCUGCUGUGCUACGAUUACCGCACGGAUGUUUGGGAGGAGAAGAGGCCGAUGAUCACUGCCCGAGGGUGGCACAGCAUGUGCACCUUACAGGACAAUAUCUACUCCAUUGGUGGCAGCGAUGACAACAUAGAAACCAUGGCUCGGUUUGACAUUCUGAGCGUGGAGUCGUACAGCCCUCAAUGUAACCAGUGGACCAGAGUUGCUCCUCUGUUGCAAGCAAACAGUGAGUCAGGGGUGGCAGUUUGGGAAGGCAAGAUUUAUAUCCUCGGAGGCUACAGCUGGGAAGAAACGGUCUUCUCUAAAACAGUCCAGGUUUAUGAUAAGGAGAAAAAUAAGUGGUACAAAGGAACUGACUUACCCAAAGCAAUUGCUGGUGUGUCUGCAUGUGUCUGUGCAUUGAAACCCAAAACAGAGGACAAAAAGAAAAAGACGAAAACAAAAAAACAUCAAGAUCGAGGAAGAUGACUACUUCUGGAUAACCACCCUUUGAUGGUGGACUCCAGAAGGACCUUGUAUUUAAGCAUUUCUAGUUAACGCCGAUUCUUUCUUUUUCUUUUUAAAUAGCAGGGGGGGGGCAUCUUCUGAAGCCUCAGAAAAUGUACAGUUGAAUGUGGUUUUUGGAUUAAGCUCAUGUUUAAGGU